UUCCCCUGGAGCAACCAAAAGCGAUCGUAUCGUAAAUUCCACACCACCCUCAAUACACCCACAACACACCCUUCCCAGACACAUUUGCAUGCCCAAUAAUAAUGUAGCUGUGGAGAGUACAGAUACAGAGAUGAGAUACACAGAUACAUACAUACAUACAUACAUAUAUCCUUCCAAGUUGUUGGUUUUUGUUUUGAUUGAUUGAUUGAACAGCAACAAAUACAAAUGCAAAAUGCAAAACACAUGCGCAUAGAGAAUGCGCGAGCAAAAAUAUACAAAAUAAAAAACAAAAAACAAAACGGAAAGGAAAAUAAAAGAAAAUAAAUAAUUAGAAAAUAAGAAAAAAAAAAAGCGAAAAACAAACACUAUAGUUUAUACAUAGUAUUUAUAUGAAUGGUGUGUAUUGUAUAUGAUAUGCUGUCGUCUAAUCCCUAAUCCCAACACACACACACCAACACACACACAUACCAAUUACAUAUAUAUAAUUUGGAUACUUUAUUUAGUUGUUUAAACAUCCAUGCGUAAAAACCGAUAUAUAUAAACUAUAUUAUGAUUAUGAAGUAAAUUAAAUAAUAGUUUUUAAUAGUUUUUAAACAGAAACAAACAAUUGUCGAAGCUCUCUCAAGCGUUUUUAUUACCCAUACAACCCUGUACAACCCUUGCGGUUGUGGUCUCUCGGGCUGGGUGGGUUUGUUGUCAGGGCAACGACGUCCUUGCAAGGACCAAACAAAUGUUUCCAGCAAAUGUUGACUACACUUUUUGCAUUACGGCAUUAGUGUUUAUGCCACUUGAGUCACCUGAACAACUUGCAUCGAAAAUGUCCGUAGAAGACUCCUGGGUUUUUGAUUCGCUGGUUUGCUUCCUCCAUGGACCUGUUUGGAACGCACCGCUGCAGACCUUCAUCGAGCAGAGAUCUUUGGUCUUCGAUCCCAAUCUGCAGUUGGACGAGAACAACGAGGAAAUCCUACAGAUUCACGACGAAUACAAGAACCUGGUCGACUACAUGCUGGGCAGCUUCAUGGAGGAGAUGCAAAUAUCGCCAGAUCAAUUCGAGCUGGCCUGCUUGGAGGGCCGGCAGCAGGGCCAGGGCGAGAAUCCCUUCCAGUUCCAUCAGGUGCUGUUCCAGCAGAUAUGGGCCGCCAAUGAUGUGAAAAUCUUCAUACGCAUGAUGACGCAACGCAACGUGGAGCUGCAGCUGCAGGCCCUGGAUCUGAUAGAGAAAAAUCAAUUGGCCCAAAAUUCCGUGGACGAGGGUGACAGCAACAGCGCCACUGGCUCCGAUCAGGGCGAUGCAGCCGUUGACGUGGAUCAGCUCAUUGCCAAAACCGUGGACGAUGGUUUGGAGAGUCCGGAGGCUGCCGUGACACCCGACCAGGAGGCCAGCCUUGAUCUGGUCAACGACAAGUUUCAGCGCUUGAAUCUGUUCUUCGAGCAGGAGGACCGUGUGGAUCCCACCGAUGUGACGUCGCGUCAGGAGUAUCUGCGCCAGCAGCGCGACAAAAUCGUGGAGAUCAAGAAGCAAGCGCGCGCCAAGCAGCUGCAGGAGACCAUGGCCCGUGGCAGUCCUCAGGGAGCCGAAGGAGCCCGUCCCAGUUCCGCCCAAGUGGCACAGCAACUGCUCGAGAACGGCGGCAAGACCAUGGAGCUCGCCGCGCCGCUAGAUAGCGAGGACAAUGCAGCACUCCAGCUGCGCCGUACCCUGGCCAAGCGACUGCGCAGUGAAGUUGUGGAGCACAACUAAGCGGGAUAGUUGCGCGACAUCUUUUGAUUUUAUUUUCAAACUUUCUCAGCCUCCUUGCACCUUUCCUUUCCUCUUCCACUAUUAAUAUCUAUCCGGUUCUAUCCGCUUUUCACCAAAUAUCUAAAUAAUCUAUGUAAAAAUUGCCUAUAAAUUCCAAUUAAAAAUAUGAGGAAUGGGAAUUGAUUUCUUUUCUGUUCCGGUUACCUUCAAAAAAGA